AUGUUGGACGCCAUCACUGAGGUCCUUGACUUUAACUACACGUUGACAGUGGAGCCUCCAGAUGGUGCCUGGGGAUCCCUGGUCAAUGGUUCAUGGACCGGUAUGCUUGGAAUGGUUCAUCGCCAUGAGAAGAACUUUGCAGUGAAUACUCUGCCUUUCACUGCAGACCGUAUUAAAGAUUUCGAUGUUGGCGUCUGGUACUGGAGGGAAGGGUUUGGAUUGAGCAUGAAAAACCCGCCGCCGCUGGCCAAGUGGCGAGCUACAUAUUACCCCUUCAUGUCCUCCGUCUGGCUCUGUGUUGGACUUACCUUCGCUAUUGCUGUCCUUAACAUGACUGUUCAGGACUGGUUACAGCCGGAGCCGUUCCUGGGCGGGCUGGGGCGGACAUGGUUAUACCUGCUAAGGGCGGUAGUGAACCACAGCCUGCCUGUGCUGCCGACGGCUCAGUGGCAGCGUGUGUUGGUGGGCGUCUGGUGGGUCUACUGCUUCAUCCUCACCACCGCCUACACCGCCAACCUCAUCGCCUUCCUCACCAUCCCUGUGUUUCCCGAGCGUAUCCAGACACUAGAAGAGCUGGCCCAGAGUGACUACAGGGUGUCCAUGCAGGACUACGGGACAUUCGUGCCGGCAGCGCUGGUGGCGUCUGAUUCUCUGGUCUACCGCACCAUCGGCCAAAAACUCGACCUAUCACUACUCUACAAGGACGUGGUCCAGUUGAUGGCAGAUGGAACGCACGCCUACAUGGAACUAUAUUCCUAUAACCGCAUCGUCGCCAAGACAGUGUACAAGGUGAACAACACAUACAUGCUGAAGGAGCAGCUGUACUCCAGUUACCUGGCCUGGCACUUCCAGAAAAACACCGCCUGGAAAUAUAAGUUCGACCAGAACAUUAGGCGCCUGGCGGAGGCUGGACUAGUUCGUCACUGGCACAAGGAGACGACGGAGGACUUCCUUGGUCAGGACUACGAGCGUCGGGAGCAUCUGGCUGCCAAGGAACAGCUCGACAACAAGCAGCCAUUGAGCCUCCAACACCUACAGGGAGUCUUCUUCAUCCUCCUCCUCAGCUGGGCGGCCAGUGUUGUUGUCUUCAUCAUAGAGCUGGUGCUGCUGUAAGUGUUGCAGUGAUCAUCCUGAAGUUGCCGACGCAGUGUUUCUAAGUUCAUCAUAUAGUUACUGCUUCACAAGUGCUUCGUCAGAGUUACUUUUCAGGAACAAAAUUGUAAAAUAUGCAGUGGAUUGUUAAGUCUCUUAUAAUGUAAUCAAUGUCUGAGCUCUCAGUGGUUACCAACAAAACCUCGCGAAAUACACUAAGUGAACACCGUGUUUCAAGCUUUUCAGGUGUCAGGUUACGAACGGUCGAAGAAACGUUGGAUAUUUCCAGUGAUUAAUUUAUUUUUUCGAGCUUUAUCAUGAGUUACAGAUCAUACGUAUGCACUGACCAGUCAUGUAAUUCACUCUCGGUUCAAAGACCCUACAUUACGAUAAGAAAAUAAACAUUUGAAUUCAGCCGUUAUCUCAAACAUGUUUACGUUUUAUAUUCAUUACAGUUAAGGUGUUUACCAUAUACUACCAUGAUCUUGAGGGCCCCGUCUAUAUGAUGGUA